CACAAACCAUGCCGAGCAAACGUUCCGCAAGAUGGAGAACUACCUGCAGCAGAAGCAGCUCUGUGACGUUCUUCUGAUUGCUGGAGAGCACAGGAUCCCUGCUCACAGGCUGGUUCUGAGCGCCGUGUCUGACUAUUUUGCGGCAAUGUUCACCAAUGAUGUCCGCGAAGCAAAACAAGAGGAAGUCAAAAUGGAAGGUGUAGAUCCUGACGCACUGAAGGAUCUUGUGCUCUAUGCCUACACGGGCAUGCUGGAGCUAAAAGAAGACACCAUUGAGAGCUUGUUGGCUGCAGCUUGUCUUCUGCAACUGUCACAAGUGAUUGAGGUCUGUUGCAAUUUUCUCAUGAAGCAACUUCAUCCUUCAAACUGCUUGGGAAUCCGGUCCUUUGGAGAUGCUCAAGGGUGCUCACAACUCUUGCAAGUGGCCCAUGUCUACACUAUGGAACACUUCACCGAAGUCAUAAAGAACCAGGAGUUCCUCUUACUUCCUGCUGGUGAAAUUGCUAAGCUCCUUUCCAGUGAUGAUAUUAAUGUCCCAGAUGAAGAAUCAAUCUUCAAGGCAUUAAUGAUAUGGGUUCAGCACGAUUUAGACAGUCGGCAACAAGAUCUUGGAAUGCUUCUGUCUUACAUAAGGUUGCCCCUUCUUUCUCCAGAGCUUUUAGCUGAUCUGGAAAACAGCCCCAUGUUUACGACGGAUCUUCAGUGCCAGAAACUCUUAAUGGAAGCAAUGAAAUACCACCUGUUACCAGAAAGGAGAUCCAUGAUGCAAAGUCCCAGGACAAAGCCCAGGAAGUCCACCGUUGGUUGUCUCUAUGCUGUGGGAGGCAUGGAUGCCACCAAAGGCACCACCACCAUCGAGAAAUAUGACUUGAGAACCAACAGCUGGAUACAGAUUGGAACGAUGAGUGGAAGGCGGCUGCAAUUUGGAGUGGCUGUGAUUGACAACAAGCUCUAUGUUGUGGGAGGAAGAGAUGGGCUGAGGACAUCGAAUACCGUUGAGUGUUUCAACCCAACAACUAAAGUCUGGACUGUGAUGCCCCCCAUGUCAACCCAUAGGCAUGGCUUAGGGGUAGCAAUGCUCGAAGGACCCAUGUAUGCUGUUGGGGGCCAUGAUGGAUGGAGCUAUCUAAACACAGUUGAACGAUGGGAUCCCCAGGCUCGGCAGUGGAAUUACGUGGCAAGCAUGUCAACUCCAAGGAGUACUGUGGGAGUUGCAGCUUUGAACAGCAAGUUGUAUGCAGUUGGAGGGCGUGAUGGAAGCUCCUGCUUGAAAUCCAUGGAGUGUUUUGAUCCCCACACGAACAAAUGGAGCAUCUGUAACCCAAUGUCCAAAAGACGUGGAGGAGUUGGCGUAGCAACCUACAAUGGGUUUCUCUAUGCUGUGGGAGGCCAUGAUGCCCCUGCUUCGAAUCACUGUUCUCGGCUUUCUGAUUGUGUAGAAAGGUAUGACCCCAAAACUGACACUUGGACCACUGUAGCACCUUUGAGUGUUCCUCGCGACGCUGUUGGGAUUUGUACCCUCGGAGAUAGAUUGUAUGCCGUUGGUGGCUACGAUGGGCACACCUAUUUGAACACAGUAGAAUCUUACGACGCACAAAACAAUGAAUGGACAGAGGAAGUGCCAGUCAACGUCGGAAGAGCCGGUGCCUGUGUUGUAGUUGUGAAACUUCCAUGAUGAUCGUUUUCAGGUGUGAGUACAUAGCCAAGCACAGCUCCACAAAGCAACCCUGACCGAAGGGAAGAGCUUGUAUUCUUGAACAGAAACACUUUUCAUGCUGCUUUCAUUUCAGAAGAAGCGACAGGGCCGCGUUAAUGGGAAACCAAAGUUUGGGGAUAACAAUUUCUUGAAUUCCGAAGAUGGGCUCUGCAGGUAUCCUAUCAUCAUGGUGAUGGACACCACAGUUCAGAGGGCGGCGCUGGGUACAU